GCACACCGUUGCUUCCUCUCCCUUUCCAUUUCCUUCCUUCCUUGUCAUUUCCUCCAAUCGAAUUGGUUCCCCAAAUCUUAGGGUUAGGGUUUCGUCUAUUCCGUACCUUCCUCCCAUAUUAGCGCGUCUGGUCCCUGAGCUUGCUUUGCGCGUGGGAUGAUGGGCACUGCCGUGGACCUAGGACGGAGGCAGGGCGACAGCCGCUUCUACGACGCUGCCAGGGCUCGACGAGGGCACCAUCACGGCCUUCCCAAGUCGAGGUGCGCAGCCGCCGCCGUUACCCAGGAGAAGGCGCCGGAGGAGCCCUCCCAGUUGCCAGCGUCCCCCGUAGGAGUUGCAGGCAACCUCAAGAGGUUCGUGGCAGCCGUUACGCUGUCCGUGCCGGCGGAGUACCCCUCCGAGAGAGGAGAGUGGAGGGGUUGCGGCGUGGAUGCCAACCGGGAGAGGCCCUACUUCGUUCUUGACGACCUAUGGGAGGCGUACAAGGAGUGGAGUGCGUAUGGUGCCGGGGUGCCGCUCGUUCUUGACGGGUGCGACGGGGUCGUGCAGUACUAUGUGCCUUACUUGUCCGCCAUCGAGCUCUAUGGAGACUCAUCAGUCCUGCAGUCAUCGUCCAACCCAAGGUUACAUAUGAUGGACGACAGUGAUGAAGAUUUCCAUGAUUCCAGCAGUGAUGGUAGCAGUGAUUAUGAACAUGCAAGGGUCAAACACUUUGCUCAGGAAGGCUUCUCAAGGGAUGUUGGUGAAUCUGGAGUUACUCAUGGCCGCUUGCUCUUUCAGUACCUCGAGUUUGAUUCUCCGUUUUGCCGUGAACCUUUGACUGAUAAGAUUUCUAGCCUUUCAGCCAGAUUUUCAGGAUUGAGGACCCUUAGGAGUUGUGAUUUAUCAGCGCGUAGUUGGAUGAGCAUCGCUUGGUACCCAAUUUAUCGUAUCCCUACUGGACCAACAUUAAAAGAUUUAGAUGCCUGCUUUCUCACUUUCCAUCAGCUUUCAAAUUGCCCGCAAGGAGAUAAUCUGUGGGCUCCUGAUAAUCUGUGGGCUCCUGAUAGCACACCAAACAUACCACUCCCAGUUUUUGGUUUGGCUUCCUACAAGUUUAGCAACUCAGUCUGGUCCUCAACUGAUGGUGAUUGGAAACUGGCUAGCUGCUUAAGGCAAGCUGCUGCCGAUUGGCUGAGAGACAGCCGUGCUGGCCAUCCAGAUUAUCAGUUCUUCGUCUCCCGUGGUGCAUACAACAGGUAGUGACACCAAAUCUGUGCUUUCCGCAGAGCUCAUGAAAGAAUGUCCGAAGAGUGUCUUGUGAACAUGAUUAAGUUCCAAGUGACUGACUGGUUGACUGCUUCCAAAUCUGAUGCAUGUUACCACAAGAUUUGAAGCUUGGAUGGUGAGAAGUAACCUGUCCUGCUUUGUAAAUUGCACUAAUAGGUAGAUUUCGGCCGUCUAUGUUUUUAUACUUGUAGUCAGUUGGUCUGUGGGAAGCUGGUCUGAGAAUGAAAAAAAGGAAAAAAGAAAAGAGAAGAAAUGAAAAAAGGUGGUGAAAAAGCUUGCACUUCAGAUGUAGUUUGAGCUGUCCAACUUAUGUAAUACAAAUAGUAUGGGGACAAAUUUUGAUGAAAACACCCCUCAUUGUCUGUACACAUAUCAAGUGUUGCUGGCA